AUGGGGACAGUCAACGGUGGAACAAUUAUCAGCUUCACACCAACUCCUUCUUUACAUGCCGUAAACAGCCGAAUGCCUCCAAUGCCUUCGCAUCAUCCAACUGGUUGUGCAAACUUUACCUUUCAGUUACCCUCAACUGAAAGGAGAGCCAACCACAAUGCCGUCGAACGGGCACGACGGGAAUGCCUAAACACUAAAUUUCAAGAGCUUGCCCACGCUCUCCCUUCCUUAGCGCAAGUUCGUAGACCUUCAAAGUCAAUAAUUGUGCAAAAAUCUCUAGAAUUUAUUUAUAAUGCCCGCAAAAAGGACGAAGAAAUGCGAAGUAUUCGCAAUGAAAAUGACCUUUUACGAAAGGAGGUUAAUCGGCUAAGAGAUCAAUUAGGAUUGGAUCCUUUACCACCACACGAGGAAUCUAAAUCAUCUACAUCUCAACAAGCUGACGACGAGAAGGAGGACGUUAAAAUUAGCAACAGCAAAAAUUCAAAUACACCAGAAAUAAAGAUCGAAGCUGAUAAUAACACCCCCACCAUUUCCAAUGCGCAAGAGUCAUCAUGUUCCAUUGAUAUUCAAAUAAAGAACGAAGGUUCUCGCUCUGACGAUGAUUUUAGUAAUGAGGAUGAUUACGACAUGGAGACAACAGAAAUGAUAGACAAGAGUUCCGAAAUAAACCAGUCGAUCGAUAAUAACCAGCAACAAUCAAGCGUAUAUGACGGUUUGUACUUGCUCGACCCAGGUCUAAAUCAACACAGCUAUCCAACAUCAGGUUUUGGCUUCGCAAUGGAUAUUUCACCUAUAGAUCAACAAAUUGUCGACCCAAAUUCUUUACAUCUACAAUUUGACGAUGAUAUAAGUGCAUAUUGCGAUACAUUUUCGUUACAACAAGAAUAUUAUCCAUCACCUCCAUAUGAAGCAAAUCUUUUGGAAUUAGCAAAUCACAUGCCAUAUUCUCUGUCACCGGAUAAUUCACAUAAUAUUUAG